ACAGUAUACUUGGAAAUGUUGACUAAUUUAAUAGUUUUUACUCAUGUUCAGUCAAUGUGUGUUGGUUGGUGUAGUGUACAUAUAUCAAAUAUAUUUUAUACGCGUGUUUUUGAUAUUAGAAAGACGAUUUUCGUAAUUUGCAAAUAAGUGUUUUUACUAUUUAGUGCAGUAAUUGGAUAACAAUAUUUUCGGUGUUAUUGAGCAUCCGUUCAUAUAUGAUUUAAGUAAAUUUCAACACUGGAGGUGCAUAGUAAAUGAUUCCUCGGGAUGACCCCCAUCUGAGGGGCAAAGCGGGAAAAUCAACUCUACAAGAAAAAGUUGGUGUGUUCUAUUAUUCAUUAGGACUCUUUUGCAUCACUUAUCCAAUUUGUGUUCUGUGCUUUGCUAUUUUUAUAAUUAUUGUAUCAUGGCUGCCAUUAAUGAACGUAUCGUUCCCUGGGGAAGCUCCCCAAGUGUGGACAGCAAAUUUCAAUACAACCGAUGUUCAACAACCCUACUGUUAUGUCCAGCAAGUAGUUCUAAGAGUAGCAGUUUUACCGUGGAAAGAUGAUCUCACGUUAGGGGAUGCCUUUCGAGCUCCCCUCUAUGAAGCUUUCAAAUUGUUAGAUAUUGUAAGAAAUUAUCAAGACCAAAAUAGUUUGAAAAAUUUGGGUCAUGUUUGUCUUCAUGUGGAAGCAAUUAAAAAAACAAAUGACAAAUCAAAUAUUCUUCCGCAAUAUAAUUGUUUGAUAUUGUCGCCAGCGAAUCUCUGGAAUCAAGACGUACAAGAAUUUUCUCAAGAUAGUUCAUUACUCACUACGAUAUUCAAUCAUCAUACUUUCCAAAAAGGGAAAACAUCAAUUUCUGAUAUGGUUUUCGGUAUGCAGCUUUUUGAUACUGGUAUUAAAAGGUACCCCUUAAGAAGCAGGCAAAGAAUAAUGCAAUAUGCUUUAACUUUGUUUUUCAAAGAAUAUGAUUCAGUGUUUGUGGAAGGACUGAGAAACAAAUUAACAGCAGCUUAUCCCCUACAUCAAGAUACAACCCAGAUAUUAAAUCACAAAUUAAAUGAUGUGGUAUUAAUCAGUUACCCAGGGGAAAUAAAAUAUAUCGAACUCAUUCCAUUAUUAGUGGCGUUCUUUUUGAUUUUUCUCUACUAUUAUUUUUCCGUUAGAAAAAUUGAAAUAAUCAAAUCGAAAUUGGGUAUGGCGUUUACCGCUACUUUCACCAUAUUUUGCAACCUCACUAUGACAAUGGGAAUCUGUUUUUUCUUCGGUUUAACAUUAAAUUCGGAUGGCGGUAAAGGAAUCAUACCUUAUUUGACUCUAUUGGUGGGUUUAGAGAAUGUUCUUGUUCUUACGAAAAGCGUAGCAGCGACACCAUUGAAUUUAGACGUUAAAAUUAGAAACGCUCAAGGUUUAAGCAACGAAGGUUGGUCGAUAACUAAAAAUCUCUUAUUAGAAAUAACUGUAUUAACGUUUGGUAUAUUUACUUUCAUACCGGAAAUACAAGAAUUUUCCAUAUUCUCAAUAGUCGUUCUAAUAACUGAUUCUUUUCUGCAGUUAUUCUUCUUCUUAACGGUCCUUGGUUUAGAUAUGAAUCGUAUGACACACGCGAUCGAAAAAAACCAAAAAAUCCGUAGUAGCUUAUUCCAAACUCAAAACGUUUUCGAUAGACCUUUUACAGGUGUUAAAGGUAUGGUUAGAUCAAAAUCUCAUCCGAGAUUGACAAGUUAUCCCGCUAAUAUUGUAGCCCCACAAAAACCGAGUAACCAAGAGAAAAAAAUACCGAAAAGAGUGAAAUUGUUCAACAUUUGGGCACAAACGAGGAUAUUCCAAAGAUCGUUUAUGUUACUAAUGAUAAUCUACAUUAGCAUUAUAGCAUAUAAAAGCGAUUUGAUGAAUCAAUACAUCCUUAAAACUGAAGAAAAAUCUGUGGAAAAUAGUACAAUGUUUUAUCAUGAUACACUAUCUACUCUAAAUUUAUAUCCAAUUCCUAAUAGGUCUGUAAAUAUAAAUUAUGUUACGUAUAGUCCUUUGGAAGAACAGUACGAACAUAAUGAAACUCAAGGUAUCGAAAAAUUGAAACAUCCUGAUUAUGCCGGAGGUUUGAAACCACCUUCUAGGCAUUGGUCGGAAAUAUUGAAGAAAUACAACGUUUCUCUUGGUGGCCAGGUGAUUGCAGUUUUGCCAAAUAUUAAACUUUCUCACAUUGUCAGACCAGAACAAGCAGUUAUGUUACGUAAUCCAAAUGAGAAGUACGGUGAUACAUUCCAUUGGCAAGCUUUGGCUGUCGCUUUAGAUCCUAUAGAUUUUAGCGAUGAAGUUACUGGACAUGUUCUUCCGCAAGCUGAUCAACCGUUCUAUCCCACAUCUCCAAUGGAAAUUUUCCUAACGACAAUUCUCUGUUUAAUAAGCGUCGUCGUUCUCGCAUAUGCAUUCGUCGUUCUCUACAGAUGCAUUUGUUCGAGAAAUUAUGCCGAAUGGAGGGCUUCUUGGUUCAAUGAAAAAGUAAUUGAACAACAAGAAGAUCAAGUGCUACUAGAAACGAUGCCGGUUAGCUUAGAAGGACAUAGUCAAGAAAUAGAAUGUAUAGCAACUGAUGGAACGAAUAUUGUAAGCGCUUGUUUAGGUGGCCAAAUAAAAGUUUUCGAUAAUAAUACAGCCGAAUUAGUUUGCGAAAUCAAUAGGAAACUAAUUUUCACAGAUCCCAAACAACCUGACCUGGCGUCAGAAUUAGACGAAACGCUUUCAGAUUACGAAUCCGGUUCUCCACCGUCACGGGAAGAUUCUUUUCCUAAACUACUCAAUCGCAUCAACACCGAUUUUUCUUUUAGCACUGAAGAUUAUUCAGAUCAUUCCAAUUCCAUAGAUUCGAAAUAUAAUUUCAACAAAUCAUACAGGCACUUCUACUAUAAUCACAACUUCGAUGUUCGAUUGAGGAAUCGGUACGAGUCUCUUAAAGAAGAAGCCGCCAAAAGGCAAAGCGUUAACGAAAAUUUCAUAAAAAGAAGAAGCUUGAAUAAAUGCGAUGAAAUAGAUUUCAAAAAUCACAAAGACGUUAUGGUGUAUAACGGAUCUAGUUCUGGAGGUGAUGGUAUAUCUGCAGACGAAAGUACCGAAUGCGUGGAUAUUUCAGAUUGUAAACUAUCACCGAUAUGGUGUAUGGACUAUUUAGAUAAUUUAAUUGUCAUAGGCUGCGCAGAUGGAAGAUUGGAAUUUUGGGAAGCCUCCUCUGGAGACUUGAAGUGUAUUUUCGAAGAUGGUUCGGAAUCUGGAAUAAACCAUCUGAAAAUAGUCGGUGCCAAAGUAAUAGCUGUAAGACUGUGCGGUUCAUUGGAAUUGUUUCAAUUACAAACGUUUAAUCAGGGUAGGCCCGUCGAUUGGAAUUUUACGUGCGCUUAUAGAAGAAUGCACGUUAGGACUGCCUCUGCUGGAUCUAUUUCAGAGAAAGACCUUAAAAAACAGACUUAUAGUGAUGAAGACUUGCGUGUAAUCAAAAUCCAUUCCAUCAAAGCCCACCAGCAACCGGUGAUGUGCUUAGAUUGCGAAGGAGGAAGGAUCUUGACUGGAAGUCAAGACCAUACAUUGAAAGUUUUCAAAUUAGAAGAUGGUAAUCCUGUAUACACUUUACAUGGACAUUGCGGACCUAUUACCUGUCUGUUUAUAGAUAGAGUAAAUCCUGCAACGUCCGGAAGUGGUUCGCAGGAUGGAAUGUUGUGCGUCUGGGAUUUACUCACAGGUGCAUGUAUGUACAGCAUCCAAGCCCACGACGGAAGCAUAAGUUCGCUGACUUAUUCGGAAAGUUACGUAAUUUCCUUAGGUACAGACGAAAGACUUUGCGUUUGGGAACGUUUUCAAGGAAAUCUACUUACAACUAUUCACGUUUCGCAUACGUUUUCUACGCAAGUUUUAAUGUUGGCGCAACAUUUAGUAGUGACUGCUCGUAGUGGUGGUUUGAUCGUUUGGGACGUUCGAACGGGUGAUUGCGUAAGGACAAUAACGUUAGGACGGGAACACUUCGUGUUUAUAAAUAAGUUGUUGUUACUUAGGGACGCAGUGUUGUGCGAUUAUGGAAAACAAUUGAUGCUCGUUAGAUUUCCUUUAAUGACACACAAAUUCGAUUAAGACCAAAAAGAUUUAAUUUAUUUAAUCAAAUUUAACCUGUAGUCGCAAAGAUACAAUUUAUAUUUAAUAUAUGAAUAUAAUAUUCGUGCCUUCACUAUUUUUUCGAUUAUUGUUUUUUAUUUUAUUACAAAAAUCGUUGUUAUUAAUUUAUUGAAUUAUAUAACUAUUUAUUUAAAAAAAAUGAAACGCGACAUUUGUAAGCAAGUGGUCAAGCGGAUUGAUUGCUUUAAAUACUGUUUAGAAUACAACAAAUGUCGUAAAAAAAUUGGCCUUACUUUGGACAAUUACGUCUGUACUAUUUUUGUAAUUGUUAAUAAAUCUUUUUACAAUAACAA